AGUUUCCGCCCACUACAAUCUCGACAGGAAGUGAGCAGGAGUCCGCUGAAAGUGAGCGAACUAUCAAAACAAACUAAAAGCAUCCCUGCAGUUCACGGGUCAUAUUAUCAACAUGGACGGUGUGACGACGUCUUUGCGGUGCUUCAGUGAGCGCCAUCCCGCAGAAAUGUUCGUGGACGACGGGGUGGAGACUGUGACUUCAGUGGAGCAGAAAAAAGUGGAACGCUGCAUUGAAGAAGUCAUCAGUGUGUACAAGCAAACACACAGCGUACCACUGCCAACGUUGUUGCGGGAACAACACUACCAAUAUCUCAAGAAGGGUUUACGUCACUUAUCAGAUGCUUAUGAGUGUCUGGAUGCUAGCAGACCGUGGCUCUGUUUCUGGAUUCUUCACAGUCUGGAGUUACUAGAGGAGCCCAUUCCUGCUGCUGUCGCCACAGAGUGAGUCACACUCACACUCUCCACCUAGACUUUUACCAAGGGGCAAAAAUGGAGCCAAAUAAAAACCUGUGCACUGCCAAAAA